CUUAAGAUUCUCCCAGGGACCCAACACUGGACCCAACCUCCACCUCUCCACCACAGAGCUUCCUGGGGACUAGACCAACCUCGCCCCAUCCUCCCUGCUGCCUUCAUCCACCCCACAGCACAGGUUGCUGCCUUGGCUUUAUCAGCAGCAAUGAGGUCCCGGCUUCUGCUGUCUGUAGCUCAACUACCCACAAUUCGAGAGACUUCAGAGGAGAUGGUGGCCGGAGGGCCCGGGCAGGAGCCCGCAGCCUCUCCCAGCCUGGACGACUACGUGAGGUCAAUCUGUCAGCUGGCACAGCCAGCUUCUGUGCUGGACAAGAUUGCAGCCAGGGGCUGGACCAACAGACCCCACCCCCCAGCACAGGCCAGUGAGAAGAGCCGCCUGGCUGUGACCCGAUUGGACAAGACUCCCUGCUUCAGUGGGCAGCUGCCUACAGCGCCCUCUGCUGGCACUGCUGACCCUCUGGAUUGGCUCUUUGGGGAAUCUCAGGUAAAGCAGCCAAAUAAGGGCUUGUCCAGGGCGACCAGCUCCUCUGAUGGCCACUGGGAUGCACACAGACCGAUGGACAGAAGCAAAGCCAGAGGGAGACCCUGUGAAGUCAGAGCACUUGGGCACUCUCUGGCGAGACCAUCUCGGGACAGGCAACAGAGCUGGAUUUCGGAACAACCUGGCAGGGUCACAGUUGCCUCCUGUAGUCCCCGCCCCAGCAGUAUCCUUAGAAGUCUGUACUUGCACCUCCCCGUGAUUCAUGAACUCUGACCCUUCCCCAAUAAAGACUCCUGUACGAA